GAAGGUAGCUGCCGANUCAAGGUAGGAUUACAACCUAGAACCUUAAGGUUGGAUUACAACCAAGAACCUCAAGGAAUCACACGCCCGGAGCAGGAAUUAUUAACCAAGUACCUUCUCAGUAGGAUUUUAGGAGGAAAAGGAGAUCUUGCAUUUUCAGGAGACAGUUCAGGAGAAAUUCAGGAGAGACAAGAUCAGGAUUCAUCAUCAAGUAUCAUCUAUCCACAGAGAGUUGAUAAACCUUUGCGUAAACUGUUGGACAAAGCUAAGGAAAAUAUUGACGUCAUAGACUUCAGGAAAUCAGGAGAGGAUCAGUUGUAUGAAGAGUAUGUUAGACGUCCCAGAAACCAGGAAGAUUUAUCAGGGGCUGAACGACGAGAGAGAUCAAGUUCUCCAAGUGAAGUUGUUCCAACCUUUCUCCCUUUCCCAGGAGCAGAGCCUUCUCAACCCAGUAGAACACAACAAA